UGCUCGUCUGGCGACGUAAACAGCACCGCUAAAAUUAGAAGAGAGAUAUUAUCAGAACUUCUGUUACUACUCGAAUCCCACACUUUCCGGUAUCGUCUUCCUCUCUCCAGCCUGCCCUGAUCUUUUCAAUUUAUCUCGCACUGCUUCGAUCAGAGCUCUCAACGCCGCACCAAUCACAACACAAAGGAUCUCUUCUUACUGCCUAUAAAUGGAUGGAACUGUUUUUGCCCCUGCCUUGGAAGGGAUUCAGCAUGUCAAAUCUGAAGCAGGGGAGAUUUUGACCAAGCCUUUCUUGGAAGUGUGCAAACAUAUUUUGCCUGUUAUAGAUAAGUUUGGAGCUUCUAUGGCACUUGUUAAAACUGACAUAGGAGGCAACAUCUCGAGAUUGGACGCCAAGUAUUGUUCCAACCCACCUGCAUUCAAGUACUUGUAUCACUUGGUGAAGCCUGAGAUUGAAACUAAUACUGCAAAAGGAUCAUCCAGUUGCACAAAUGGUCUUCUUUGGUUGACAAGAGCAUUGGAUUUCUUGGUACAACUGUUUCGCAACUUACUGGAGCAUCAGGAUUGGACAAUGACCCGUGCUUGUACAGAAGCAUAUGGCAGAACCUUGAAAAAGUGGCAUGGCUGGCUGGCCAGUUCAAGUUUCUCUGUCGCCAUGAAGCUUGCUCCCGAUCGUAAGAAGUUUAUGGAUGUUCUAUCAGGCAAUGGCAAUGUUGAAGCUGACAUUGAGAAAUUUUGUACAAAAUUUUCACCUCUCCUCGCAGAGAAUCACAAAUUUCUGGCUAGCUUUGGCUUGGACGAUCUUAAGGCGUCGUGAGAGGCUGGUCGUCCCUGAAAAUCGAGUUGUCGUCUCCUUUAUAUUGUUACUUCCUCUAUGCACUUAUAUUAUAGCUUAUUUAAAAUCCUUUUAACAUCCUUAAAACUCAGACAUAAUCGUUAGACUUCAAUUGUGUUUUGAUUUGGUUUUCUCAUGUUUCUAUUUUGUAUGUUCUUUUGUUGUGUUUCUAACACAACUAGCUCAUUGACAUUUUUACGCCUUAACGAGAAUUCUAAUCUUGUAAAA